AUGUUUGCUCUGUUUGUGCUGGGGAUGGUGUUUCUGUCCUCCCCGUAUUGGGGUCACCUUUAUGAACCCGAAGAUCUUGGAACAAUGUGCUAUAAAUGUAAGAAAUAUCAUCUUGGCUUAUGCUAUGACAUCAUGAGUUCCUGCACACUGAAGCAUAGACAGUCCUGUGCUGCUGAGAACAUUUACAUACUCACAAGUAAAGGGCAGAGCAUGUAUCAUUAUUCGAGACUGUCAUGUAUGACCAACUGUGAAGACAUCAACUUCCUGAGUUUUCAAAAGAGGACAGAGCUCAUCUGUUGCAAACGUAGUAACUAUUGCAAUCUCCCAAUGGGACCCUAG